CAGGCGCAGGCCGGGAACCAAGCAGGCGGUUUCUGCCUCCAGUACCACCACCUCCACCGCCUCCGCCGCCUCCGCCGCCGCCGCCCCCGCCGCCGCCGCCCCCGCCCCCGCUCCCCCUAUCCCCUCUCCCACCCCCACCGCUUCCGCGGACUCGGCGGCCUAGGCCACCGCCACUGCCGCCCCCACAACCAUCUCCACCGCUGCUUCCUUGGGGGCCCCCGCUGCCUUUGCAUCAUCGAGACUCUAAGCCUCGAAGAAAAAGCGGUACAGAGUCCAUCUCGCGGGCCCGGGGCACAGGCAUGGCGGAUGGCGGCAGCGGCGGAGCAACGGGUGCGGUGGGCGGCGGAGGAGCGGGCCAGGCCUCGGCAGGGACAGCCACCGGCGGGACGGGCUCGAGCGGCGGCGGCGGCCCCAUCAACCCGGCCUCGCUUCCUCCCGGCGACCCUCAGCUCAUCGCUCUCAUCGUGGAGCAGCUCAAGAGCCGGGGCCUGUUUGACAGCUUCCGCCGGGACUGCCUGGCCGACGUGGACACCAAGCCAGCAUACCAAAACCUGAGGCAGAAAGUGGAUAAUUUUGUGUCAACACAUCUGGACAAACAGGAAUGGAAUCCUACAAUGAACAAGAACCAACUGCGAAACGGUCUGCGGCAGAGUGUGGUUCAGUCAGGGAUGCUGGAAGCAGGAGUGGACAGGAUUAUAUCGCAGGUGGUGGAUCCAAAACUGAACCACAUCUUCAGGCCACAGAUAGAACGAGCAAUUCAUGAGUUCCUGGCAGCCAAGAAGAAGGAAGCGAUGAGGGAAGCACCGGCACCCCCGCCCGAGCCUGAAAGCCAGGACCCUGCGGCUCUGUCCCAAGACACUUCCUAAGAAUAGACCCGACACCGUUUGAAAGCUCUGUUUAAUGAUGAAGAAAUGGAUUCCUGUUACUCAAGAGUACCACUGUGGUUGGCCGGGGUCAGCACUGCCUUCAAGAUUGCUACUUUGGCCUUGGCACAGUGUCCAGAUUGAACAGGGAGCAAGAACGGCCGUGAGAAAAGUUGUUCGUGUGUCCCUGCUCCAUGCCGCAAUUUGACCAGCCUGUCCAGUGGUGUGACACCUAGUAAACACUACAGAAUUAUAAACACUACAGCAACUUAGCACGAUCCUUAAGCAAACUUUUAUACUUGAACGUGGACACUGCACAUGGGUUUUAGUAUAUGUGCUGCCGAAGCGAGCACUGCACCUGGGUUUUAGAGUUUGCACUCUGGGGUAACAGAAGCUAUCAUGAAAGAACAUAGUGAGUCCCAAAGAUAACUUCAGAGGAUGAGGAGAGUUCACUUAGCUGGGAGUAGGUAUAUGGCAGUGCUUACGUGGUGCUGUAUCUCGGAGUCACAAACUAGAAUGUACAAGCAGAUGACUUUGAUAGCCUUAAAACUGUGACCUUCUUGUACAUGAAUCCUAGUCAGUUUCUUUUCCAUUGUCAGAGGUGACAAAACAAGCAGCCGUGGAUUGAGAAGGAAGUCAGAUAUUAGGUACAGCCACUGUUAAGCUCUUUGUCCAGGCAUCUUUCCAUCCUGCAAGAGCUACAGAGACUCAGAAAUUUUCUCUUCUCACGGUUGCAUUUUUUAGAGAAAUGAUCAACAAAUCAGUAAAUGGUGUUUUGUAAUAAAAUUGUUUGAUACUUCUGC